AUGGAAGGUUUAUUUUUCCCUGGCCGCAGUGACCCGGUCCAGCCAGCAAAGCUGCACUUCACCAAGUUGUUCCGUCCUCCUGCAGCAGCAGCAGCAGCAGCAGCAGCAGCAACAGCAGCAGCAGCAGCAGCAACAGCAUUAGCAGCACACAGCAGCAACAGCAGAUGCAGCAGCAACAACUAUAGCAGCAGUUGUAGCUCCUGCAGCGGCCGCAACAGGAGCAGCAACAGCAUCAGCAACAGGAGCAGCAGCAACAACGGCAGCAGCACUAACAGCGGUAGAGGAAACUGCAACGGCAGCAGCAGCAGCAGCAGCAGCAGCGGCAGCAGCAGCAGCAGCAGCAAAAUGCAGCAGCAAAAGUUCCGCCGCCGGGACUUGAACCCGGGUCGCGCGGCAAGAAGUCGCUUGCUGCCGCCAAGAUGGGACUCCUAUUUGCUGCUGCUGCGGCAGCAGCAGCAGCGCCGUGCCCUGCUGCUGCUGCUGCAGCGAGAAGAACCCUGCUUCUGCUUUAAGCAGGCCGGCCUGCUGCAGCAGCAGCAGCAGCAGCAGCAGCAGCAGCAAAUGCGCACAAGACAGCAGCAGCAGCAGCAACGGCAGCAGCAGCAGCAGCAGCAACGGCAGCAGCAGCAGCAGCAGCAACGGCAGCAGCAAUACCAACAGCAGCAGCAACACCAACAGCAGCAGCAGCAACAGCAGCAGCAGCAGCAAUAUGGUAUGAGUUUUGAUUUCCUGCUGCAGUUGUGUUGCUUCUAA